GGAUCUGCUUUCAGUUGUGCCGAUAACUCUGGCUCGACAUAACGCAAUUUCGUAUUGAAUGAUAAAGGAUGCAAUAUAUCUCAUUGGUUUGUGGGAUUCACGAUAAUGGACUCUUAUAGAUGUGCAUACAACAAUGCAAUCAUCUUGAAAGAAAUGGGGUUAAUUCCGGCCAUAUUGUCAAUUCUCAUAUGCGUUGUAGGCAUCAAAAGAUGUCUAAGCGGGUUCGCCGCCGACUUAGAAAUCAGUCUCCAAGCAUCUGUGAACACAGAGCAUAGAGCUUUGGGCACUCCAAGAUUCCGCGAAAGCAUUACCUCGGUCCUCUAAAGCAGGCCUGUAGAAGCUAGAAGACGCA